ACCUCUCUCUCUAUAUACCUUCUCUCUCUAUCUUUCUCCACCAUAUAAAUUAUCAUCAUCAUCUUCAAAGAGAAGAUAAGACAUCUUCAACAAAGCAAAGCAAUGGAGUUGAUGAAGAACAAUAAGGGCGUGUUUGGUUCAGAAGAAGCCAGUUUGGUGGUGGAUAAGCUGAAAGAGACAUUCUUGAGUGGAAAGACGAUGAGCUAUGAAUGGAGAUUGUCCCAAUUGAAGGGUUUGAUGAAAAUACUCGAUCAUCAUGAACCCGACAUAAUCAAAGCUCUUUACUCUGACCUUUCAAAACCUCCAACUGAAACCAUCGCAUAUGAGAUCAGUACGGUGAGGUCAUCGAUUGAGUUUGCGAUGAAAGAAUUAAAACGAUGGAUGGAACCAGAGAAGGUAAAAAAUACAAUAUUAUCAUUUCCUUCAUCAGUAAAAAUAAUACAUGAACCACUUGGGGUUGUAUUGGUGAUAUCUGCAUGGAAUUUUCCUUUCUAUUUGUCGCUCGAACCUGUGAUCGGAGCCAUUUCCGCUGGAAAUGCGGUGGUUUUGAAGCCAUCAGAGAUUUCUCCUUCGACGUCGUCUCUGCUUGCAGAGUUGUUCUUGAAAUAUAUGGAUACUUCCGCGAUUGAAGUUGUUGAAGGUGGAAUUCCUCAAACUUCGGCUUUAUUGGAGCAAAAAUGGGACAAAAUUUUAUUCACAGGUAAUGAAAAUGUGGGUCGUAUCGUGAUGACUGCUGGUGUAAAACAUCUUACACCUGUUAUAUUAGAACUCGGAGGCAAAUGUCCCGCAUUUGUUGAUUCAAAUAUUAAUUUGAAAGUGGCAAUAAGGAGGAUUAUUGCAGGAAAAUGGACAAUGAACAAUGGACAAGCAUGCAUUUGUGUUGACUAUGUUAUAACAACAAAAGAUUUUGCUCCAAAAUUGAUUGAUGCUUUAAAGAGCGAGUUAGAAAUCUUUUUUGGGAAGAACCCUAUGGAAUCGGAAGACUUGUCGCGUAUAGUGAACCUUAACCACUUUCGUCGCAUAAAAAGGCUAUUGGACGAUGAUAAACUUUCGGGAAAGAUAGUUCACGGAGGUCAAAGCGAUGAAAGCAAAUUAAAAAUGGCUCCGACAAUAAUAUUGUUGGAUGUGACCGAUCAGAAGGAAGCGCUCGUAAUGAAAGAGGAGAUUUUCGGUCCUUUGUUACCGAUUAUUCAGGUUGAGUCUAUUGAAAAAGGGUUUGAGAUGAUGAAGUUUAAGGAGAAACCAUUAGCAGCUUAUUUAUUCACUAAUGACAAUAAGCUUAAGGAUGAGUUUGUAGAGAAAGUCUCAGCUGGAGGUUUACUCAUCAAUGAUGUUGCUCUUCAUGUUGCACAUCCUUAUUUACCAUUUGGAGGAGUUGGAAAAAGUGGAUUUGGAGCUUACCAUGGAAAAUUCUCGUUCGAAUGUUUCAGCCAUAAGAAGGGAGUUUUGAGCCGGAGUUUUGCAGGCGAUACGACUGCAAGGUAUCCACCUUACACACCGGGGAAGCUCAGAAUGCUCAAGGCUCUCUUAAGUGGAAGAAUCUUCACUAUUAUUCGCGCUUUGUUGGGGAUAUGAAUGUUAAAUCUAGUCUUCAAAGAGAAUUUAUCUAAAAUAUUGCAUCUAAUAAUUGUGUUUUUAUGAUGUAUACUUUAUUUAGCUUUAUGAUGUUAUAUGUGCUUAUC